CUUCCCCGAGAGCCAGCCCGCAGCUCCAGCUGCUCGCCCCGCCGGCGGAGAUGAUGAUCCCCAGGCAGCAGGGACGCCCAGGUCACCCCGCUGAGCCAUGAACGCCUCGGUGGCCGGCAGCCAGCUGAGACAGCCCGAGCCCCAGGACGUGGCCGCCUUCACCCCCGUGUCCAUCGUCAGGAGCGUGAGCAAGAAAUCGGACGCGCUGCCGGUGAUCUCGGUGAUCGUGGUGCUCUUCGUGCUGCUGGCCGUGUUCAUCGUGCUGCUGGUGCACUACGGCCCCCAGCUGCGCACGGUGCAGGUCACGCUGCACCACGAGCCCAUGGCCCAGCACAUGGACACCGUGCUCCUCACACAGUGGAGGUGCCUGGAUGCCCACGGCAAGAUGGGCUCGGCUGGAGUGACCUGCCACUGCUCCUGCAGCCACCACCUUCCCCUCGGGAGUGCUGAGCCCAAUGUCAUCGAGAUCACCUACCUGUGACACGGCCUGGGCACCCAGGCAGGGCUCGAGGGACGUGUCCCGCUGGAAAAGCUGGGGCGGGAUGUUCGGGUAUCUCAGGACUCACUGCUGUCCACUCACAGAGGCUGCACCUCCCCAGACCCGUGUCUGGCCCCAGGAAUGUCAGCCAGGAGGUUCAAGACCCAUCUCCAGCCCCAGAAGUCCAGCUCAGGGGUGUCACUGUCCCCAGGCAGGAGCUGGGUCCCAGCUGGGCUCUGAGGCUGGCUCAGCCUGCGUGGGACAGCUUUAGCAUCUCUUCUGGUUUUACCUGCCCUGGUUUUACCUGUCCCACACUGCCUGGGAGUGGCCAGCAGAGCUGCCUGGGUCCUUGCCCCAGCUGGGGAGCUCUGGAGCUGUGCUCAGUCCCCUGGCAGUAGCUGGAAGUUGCAUCAUCUGGAAUUGUUUUCCAGUGAAAGAUAUUUCCACACUCACGGUGUCCUCAUUACACUGUUUAUAUGUCACAGAAGAGCUUCCAGCCUCUCUCUGCCUCAUGCCACAGCCCCUUUUCCCACACUGGGGGGCUGGAACAUGGUCCUGCCCCUGCCAGCCCCCCCGGCCCCUCGGGCAAACAGCCAGGGGAGAGGAGGGCAGAGGAUGCAGCUCCUGAUGGCGUGUUGGGUGGAGCCAGUGACAGGGGACACGUGUCCUGCCCCCAGUGGACGUGGGUGACAGAAGAGCAGUGACACAGCAAAGGCCAAGGGGUGAUAAUGGCACAUCACAGCUGGCUGAACAUCUGGAGGUGCUGGCACCAGAGAGGAAGUCCACGUGGGACGCUGGGCAGAGCCUGCAGCAUCUCUGUGCAAAAGGAAGGGGAGACCUGAGGUCACCCUCGCUGUGGUCACCCCACUGUGGUCACCAUCAGUGUGGUCACCCUCAGUGUGGUCACCCUUGCUGUGGUCACCUCUCUGUCCCCAUCCCUGGGUGCUGUCCCAAUGGUGGGGUUGGCACUGUCACCCUCAGUGGGGUGAUGCUGAGGUGGCUCUGUCACCCUGGGGAGACCCUUGUUGAGGUGGCACAGAGGGAUCAGGAGAGGUGAAACCGGAGCCCUGCAGGUUCCUGGGGCUGUCAGAGCACGGUCCCUGUCCAGCCCUGGGGUCUCUGCAGUCCCAGCUUCUCCUCCCGUGGUGGGCACAGGCCCUUGGUGUCUGCAGAGCCUGGGGAGGGAGCAGCCUCUGAGAUCCCCCCGAGGAUUUAUUCUGCUGGACAGCCCCAGAAGUCAGGAUACAGCUUCACCUCUCCCAGACUGGAAAAGCCAGGUCUGUGUCUGCCCUCAGACCCCUGGCACAAACCCUGUGGGCACAGCUGGACAAGAGAUGGCUUUACCUGUCCCACCAGGAGCUGGAGGUAUUCCCGACGUGCCAGAUGCUCCAGGAUCCCCCCUUUCACUUAUUUCCAGCCCUUCUUUUGCUUUAAAGCUGGACUUGCUGGAAACUUUUUGUCUCCACAAAAAACAUAAUUUAUAUUACUUUUUGGGAGGGUUGUUUUCUGUUUCGAAUUUGUUCCCAUUUGUUUUCCAGGGCUGAUAGGGCAUUAUCAGCUCUGUCACACCCAUGUUAGAGGAGAUAAGGGCUGUCAUUUCCAUUGAAAAUCGUGGAGUCCUGCUCCCCUUUCCAUGUCAAAAGAGGGCUUUGUUUGCAAUGUCUGUAUCCCUAACAGCACCCCUGAGGAGAUAAUCACCUCCAGGAUUUCUCCUAAUUAAGAAAUUCUCUCUGUGACCAUGGACAGGCCCUGGCACAGGGUGCCCAGGGAAGCUGUGGCUGCCCCUGGAUCCCUGGCAGUGCCCAAGGCCAGGCUGGACACUGGGGUUUGGAGCAGCCUGGGACAGUGGGAGGUGUCCCUGCCAUGGCAGGGGAUGGCACUGCAUGGGAUUGAAGGUCCUUUCCAACCAAAACCAUUCCAUGAUCUCUUUAAAUGGCAUCUGUGGGUUGUGGUCACCCCCACCAAGAGCUGGAGAGCAUCACAAGAUGACCCCUUGUGACCGUCACAAGAUCUGCACUGUGACACCCAGAGAGGCUGCACCCUCCCCCUGGGGACAUCGCCAGUGUCACCUGCCCAGGCUGAGGCAGCAGAGCCGUCCCCAGCUUUGGUGGCUCUGUCAUUCCUGCUCAGGGAGCAGCUCCAUCCAGCACAAAGCCUGCAAUUAGAGGAACAGGAGCUUUCCUGACAGCUCCCUCUGAAGGACACCCACAGCAGGGAAACGUCAUGUUUAGAGAGAAAAGACU